CUUGGCUGGACAAGGCUGGCUGAGGAGAGUGCCCAGGCAUGCAGGACGGACAGCAGCCUGGUCUCGGAAUGGACAGAGUUCAAGACACAGCCCCCCAAGACCGAGGGGGCUGUUGCCCUGCCCUCCGCAGACUGGUCCCCAUUGGCUUUGGGGCUGAGGUGUGGACGCUCUUCGUCCUUUCCGGACCCCUGUUUUUGUUCCAGGUGCUGACCUUCAUGAUCCAUGUUGUGAGUUCAGUGUUUUGCGGGCACCUGGGCAAGCUGGAGCUGGCGUCAGUGACCCUCUCGGUGGCCUUUGUCAAUGUCUGUGGAGUUUCCAUAGGAUUGGGCUUGUCCUCAGCAUGUGACACCUUGAUGUCCCAGAGCUUCGGCAGCCCCAACAAGAAGCAUGUGGGGGUCAUUCUGCAAAGGGGGACCCUGGUUCUCCUUCUCUGCUGCUUCCCCUGCUGGGCCCUCUUCCUCAACACCCAGCAGAUCCUGCUGCUCUUCCGGCAGGACCCGGCCGUGUCCAGACUAACCCAGGAGUACGUGCUGAUCUUCAUUCCAGCACUUCCGGCAUUUUUCCUUUAUGUCCUGCUGGCAAAAUAUUUGCAAAAUCAGGGAAUCGUCUGGCCCCAAGUCUUCAGUGGCAUUGUGGGCAACUGCAUCAAUGGCUUGGCCAACUACAUCCUGGUUUCCAUGCUGAAACUGGGGGUCAGGGGCUCUGCUUUCGCCAGCACUCUCUCCUUCUUCGUGCAGACCAUCUUCCUCUUUCUCUACAUUGUGCUGAAGAAGCUGCACCUGGAGACAUGGGCAGGCUGGUCCAGCCAGUGUCUGCAGGACUGGGGCCCAUUCUUCUCUCUGGCGAUUCCCAGCAUGCUCAUGGUGUGCAUCGAGUGGUGGGCCUACGAGAUCGGGAGCUUCCUCAUGGGCCUGAUCAGCGUGCUAGACCUCUCUGGCCAAGCCAUCCUCUACGAGUUGGCCACCGUAGUCUACAUGAUUCCCCUGGGGCUCAGCAACGCGGUCUGUGUCCGGGUGGGGAUGGCCCUGGGAGCUGCGGACACUGCCCAAGCUAAGCGGUCAGCCAUCUCCGGCAUGCUUUGCACAGUUGGGACCUCGCUGGUUGUGGCCGUACUGCUGAGCCUCCUGAAAAACAAACUGGGGCAUAUUUUUACAAAUGAUGAAGAAGUCAUCGCACUGGUGAACAAGGUCCUGCCGGUCUAUAUCGUCUUUCAGCUGUUUGAGGCCGUCUGUUGCGUGUACGGUGGAGUCCUGAGAGGGACCGGCAAGCAGGCCUUUGGAGCCGUUGUGAAUGCCAUCAUGUACUAUGUCAUCGGUCUGCCCCUGGGCAUCGUGCUGACCUUUGUAGUCAGAAUGAGAAUCAUGGGCCUCUGGCUGGGCAUGCUGGUUUGUGGCCUCCUGGGCGCUGUUGCCUUUGCUGUCUACACUGCCCGGAUGGACUGGAAGCUUGCAGCAGAGGAGGCUCAGAAACAUGCGGGGCUGCUGCCACAGAGCCCUGACAGCACGGUGACCGUGGCGACCACGGCCCCCCAACCCGGGCCUGCGAAAGCCGUCACGUCUUCAGUGGCUAUGGGGAACUCCCCGGGCAUCACUCUGGUGAUGUAUUCGAGGCCCGAGGGCCAUGUGGACCUCUUCGGGACCGCGGAAGUAGCCCGAGCCCCGUCGGCCCCAGCCAGCCCCCUGUCGAUGAAACAGCUGCUCGUCCGCCGUGGGGCCGCCCUGGGGGCGGUGUCAGCCAUGCUGAUGGUGGGCCUGGUCAUCAGGUUCCUGACCACCAGACACUAGCCGUGCGGCUUGGAGCCAAAAAGGGAGCCAAGAGCGGCUGCCCCCCACCCCCUGCCACCCACACCUGCCUGCAAAAGCAACCAAUCUGGUGUGGGGGUUGGAGGCAGCUUGGACCACAGCUCC